AUGGAGGGUUUUGCUGCUACGGAGGCUCCAGGUAUGCCCAGAGCAAGGGAGAUAGGAAUAGGUUUAUGUUACGAGCCCAGACCCACCGCCCGUAGACUCCCCGCGAGGCGCGUGCCGCAAACCCCCGCGCGAAGCGCGGGGGUUUGCACAAGCGCCUCGCCGACUCUCCAUAGGUUUAUGUUGCUUGUUUUUUGUGUCGUAAUUUUGUCUAAUCUUGUUCAAUCACGGUGA